CACGCGCCAACGCCAGAAAAGCCCUAGCCUCUUCCAGCGUCGCCUCCCUCCCUCCCUCUAGUGCCGCUUCCCUCCCGUGCCUCCCUCGUCACCUGCGACCUCCCUCCAGCGCCGACCUCCAGCAAGUAUAGCGCCAUCUCCAGCGUCGACCUCCAGCGCCGCCUCCGCACAAAAGCACUAGCCUCUCGACAUCCAGCGCCGCCUCCCUCUAGCGCUGCCUCCAUCCAGCAUCGCCGACCUCCAGCGCUGCCUCCCUUCAGCAUCGGGGACCUCCAGCAACCUCCCGUCCUCCGCCUCCAGCGGCCUCCCGUUCUAGAUGUUGAAUACUUUGGCACAAGUGGUUGGAUGGCCACCGAUCCGAAGUUAUAGAAAGAACACAAUGGUCGCAAACCCGACCAAGAAAAAGGAGGAUGAUGAAGUGAAACAAGGGGUGGAAUGCCUCUAUGUCAAGGUCAGCAUGGAUGGAGCUCCAUAUCUCAGAAAAGUUGACCUCAAAAUGUAUUCCAACUACAAGGAACUCUCACUGGCUCUUGAGAAGAUGUUUACUUGCUUUACUAUUGCAUGUUUACUGAUUCAUGCAGAAGGUUGAGGAUCAUGAAAGGUUCAGAUGCAAUUGGUAUUGGUAUGUGUUUCCAUUUCGUCCUCUGUUUCUUAAUCAGCAAUCAUUAAUUAUCAAACAAAUUCUGAUUGGUUGAUAACAUACAAGCUUAGUUUUUUUACCCCUACAAUAUCUCUGAAGUAUGCGUAAUUGUCAAUAAUUAAUCUAAGCUGAUAAGCCCUACUUUUAGCUUGUGGUUGACCAGAUCUUGCGCCUGAUAGAAUUCGCAACAGUUCGUAUCCUGUUUCCUAACAAACUGAGUAAAGUUUGGCGCAGCUCCAAGGGCCAUGGAGAAAUCCAAGAGCAGGAACUAACAAAACAUGCAGACCAAGCUAGUUGCAACUGGCUCACAGAAACUGAAAUAUAUCUGUUUAGUCUUGUCUUUAUUUUGUGAUUUACCAGAGUGGAGUGAAACCUCUAGUUUACUUGCUAGUUCGUGGACAGUGUUGGUAGUUGCUGUAGUAGGUAUUAUCUUGUCAUCUCGUAUGCAUUGGUAUUAGAAGUGUGUUUUCAUUAA